UAAUAGUAAAUACAUAUACCUAAAGUGUUUUUAAUUAUUUUCACCGGGCACAUGGCACGCGGUUUUCGCGGGCAUCAGUCCGACGUCGCGUUGGCGCUGUAAUAGCACGAUCACGUGCGCACCGUCCGGUUUACAAUCAAUUUUUUUGUCUUUUUUUUAUUAUUAAUUUUUUACCGUCGUCGUCAUUCUCRUCCCGUUUAUACAACCGUUUAUUCGCGUCAUGAACGAUAUUCUAAAUCGUAGUAGUUAAGUUAUCCUGCAGUGUAUAUAUAAGGGUAGUCGAGCGUUUUCGAAAUUCGUGCACACUGGAUCAUUGUAUCCAAUUCAUCGCCUCUGUGUUAAGUAAUAUACCUAAACUACAAAAUACUAUUCAUUCACGUGACUUUGCCUCAACAAUGACCGAAAAGCCUAGAGUCGUGUCCGCUUGCAUGAAGCGAAUCAUCCGGACCAACGGACGAACGCAACAGAGACCUUUGAUAUCAGGCUUGGUAACGGCCACGUUGGGAGACGAUUCGGCAUGUGCUGCUGCCGGUGACGAGACGUUCAGCGGCCGCAGCGUGGCCGAAGUACGAGCUGGACACCUGUUGAUCCGKUGGGAUGGGCCGGCCGGUUACUGUUGGAAGCUAUUCCUCCGGUACUUGAACCUCACAGCCACCGAACACGCCACCUACGGGUUCAGUCUCAUCCGGCCCGGAAGCAAUUCGCCCAUCGUCACCGUAGUGUGCUAUCUAGUUAGCUUAGUAGCUGUGGAUAAUGAAUGGAUUCCUCCGGCAAAAUAUGAGCAGACAUAA